AUGGAUCAACCGAUAUCGCAUUUACACCAUCAUCAAAAUCUUCAUAAUAAUAAUUUACAAUCAUCAUCACAAUUAUCACAACCACCACCACCACCAUCAACAAUGCAACAACAAAGACAACCAACAUCAAUUACUCUUCCCCCAAUAAGAGAAUUAAUUCAAAUUUCUCCUUCAAUUCCACCUUCAAUUCCACCUUCACAACCACCACAUCAUUCACAACAACAACAACAACAACAGCAUCAUCAUCAUCAUCAUUCACAACAUUAUCAACAACAACAACAAGAAUCUUCAAUAUCUUUAUCUUCAAGACCUCAUUUACCUCCCCUGAUAGAGAAUAAUUUAAAUUCCUCUUCUUCCUCUUCUUCUUAUAAUUAUCCCGCGACAACUUACAAUAACUCAAUUAAUCCAAUGCAAACCGAUAAUAAAAAUGAUCACCUUCAACCACAAACUUAUCAAUCUAAUGUAUAUAGCAACAACAAUAAUAAUAUUGAAGCAUUACCAGGAAGAAUUCAACAUGAAUCUCAAUCUAUUUCUUCUGCUGCUAAUUCUCGUAUAGGCUCACAACAUAAUCGUCAAUCAUCAUAUUAUUCAUCACAGAUUUAUCCAAGUACUCCACCUCCUUCACAUCAUCAAUCAGGAAGUAAUUCUUCAGUUUCUACUAGAUCAUCUUCACCUAUUCCAAAUACUCCACGAGGUCGUUCUCAAAAACCAAGAUUAAUUGUUCCAGCUGUAUUUGUACAAUAUGUUCCAUUAAAUAAUGGUAAUAAUUCAACCGAUUCAGGUAGUACUCAAAUGAUUACUCAAAAAUUAUUAUCAUCAUCAUCACAAUCAACUAGACCUCGAAAGAAUAAUUUGGUGGAAGUUGAUAAAAAAGAACAGGAUACUGCUUAUAGUUUAUUAUCGCUCAUAGAUAAUAAUAAAAAUGUGGUAAAGGAGAAGAAUAAUGAUAGUGUUUUAGAUAUUGUGGAAAUUAAAGAAGAAGAGGAGGAGAAAAUUGAAAAAAUGAAAAUAGAUUCAAUAGAAGAAAGUUUGGUGGAAACAAAGGUUCGAGAAUUAUCUCUUCAAGAAGAAGAUGAUGACAAAAUUAUUUGUUCUUCACCUUUAUCUAAAACCAAUAAUGAUGAUUUUAAAACCAUAAUAUCUGGUUUAACAACGUCAGCCACCUCAAAAACAUCAACAUCAUCAUCACCUGUAGCAAGUAACACAUUUACAGGACCAUCUUCAAUGAAGCAAUCAUUUCCUUCUUCCCCUAUUACUAUUAUUACACGUAAAGGUUCAAUUUCAGGUUCUGCUUCACGCAAAGUUAGAUCUCGACCUUGCCCACCUAGACGUAGAUCAACCAUGAGAGAUGAUGAAAAAUUAGAAUUAGAUGCAAUUGAAUGGGAAAAGAAUAUUGAAAUCCCUCAUCAUAUUUGGGAAGAAACUUUAAGAGUAUUUGAGAUCGUGAAACAUUCCAAAGAGAUGAAAAAUCGUCAACCUCAUCGUAAACGUAAUCAUAUUCUCGCCUCAAUCUUAUUUAUCCUUUGUCGUCAAAAUGGUUUACCUCGUACCUUUGUGGAAAUUUGUAAUGCCGCUUCCAUUAGAAAACAAGAGAUUGGUAAUUAUUAUCGUUUAAUGCAAAAAGUUUUUGAAAAUAAUGGAUUAGCAAUUCAUGUUUAUAAACAAGCCAGUGAAUUAAAUAUUACCACAGGGAAAUGUCCAGUUUCAGUGGGAGCCGCUUCAAUUUGGUUAUCAAUUGCUUCUUGGAAUGAAAUUCGGAUGUCAAAUUAUUCUGCAAGUGAUGAUCACGAACAAAUUAAAUGUGAACUUAAAGAUGUGGCUACAGCGGCUGGGGUUGUUAAUGCUACUUUAGUUGGUUGUUUUAAAAAUCUUUCAAAAUAUAAAGAUCAAUUAUUACCAACGGAAUUUUUACAAGAGGCCAAAAAUAGAUCACCCAGUCUUCAUAAAAAGAAUGAGAAUUUGGAAACUACUAAUAUUACUAAUAUUACAACUCCAAGUAAUACGAUUAAUACGACGAAUAAUAUCACAAGUAAUGUAAUAAAUAAUACUAGUAAUACGAGUAAUUUAACAAGUAUAAUGACGACAAUCAAAGAAGAAGAAUCUACGACAACAACUUCUAAACAAAAAUUAGAACCUACCAUUUUGUCCUCCAGAAUUUAUAAAGUUGAAAAUAAUAAUUCUUCAAAAUCACCGAUAGCAGUUGAAUGA